AAAUAAAGAACAAAAUAUUCUUGAAUACUAAUACCGUCUUCUUGUUGGAAUAAAACCGCAGCGGCUGGCAGCGAGAUACCAGGCCUCUCUCUGUCUUCCUUUUUGUAAGGGCUCGAGCUCGAAGCUGGUGGCGUCUUUGAUUUCGGUAAUUGUCUAUUUUCUCCUGGAAUUGCUCCUAGUUUUGUUGUUUUUUUCUUGAUUUCUAGAGCCGUGGAGUACUCCUAAUGCUUUAAUCGGAGGUAUACGGGUUGGCAUGUUGGAGUUUGAUUUCUUCUGCUCUAUCUGGUUGGAUUUUUGGAAAAAGGUGGUCCUUUUUAUCAUGCUCUGAAUCGAUUCCUUGCUGAAAUGCUCCAAAGUUCUAUCCAUUUUAUGGCUUUUCUUUGCUGUAUGAUCCUUUCCUUUCUUAGUUUGGCCUUCUUUAUCGCGUGAUUCUUCGAACCCCAGAUGCUCCGAACCGGAACACCACUUGGAUCCUUAUCCCCUGUUCUUAUCUAGGGUUUAUCAUUCUCAAAAAGCCUAAGGAAUCACGAAAAACCUAUACCCGGCCAUUCCCGACUGGAAUUCUUGCUUGUAUUAAUUGGAUUUUGGAUGAAAAAAAGGUGAAACAAAAAGGAACUUGGUGCUUUCUUGUUAAGCUUUGCUAGGCUUUGGGAAGAAAAAUUCCAUCUUGCAACUCCCAGCUUUACUCUCCUGAGUUCCCCGUUUUGGUUCUCGAUCUCAUUGAUUAGAGUGUGAGCAGCAAUGGGGUCAAAAUCCUACUCCAAUCUGCUGGAGCUGGCCUCCGGUGAGUCCCCGACCCUUGGAGGAAUGAGCCACCGCAUUCCCCGGGUUGUGACGGCCCCCGGCAUAGUUCCGGACCUCGAUGAAUCCGAUGAUACUGCUUCCGAUCUAUCAUCUCCCCCCAACCGCACAAUCAUUGUGGCCAAUCAGCUCCCCAUUCGAUCUGCCCGCCACCCUGAAGCCGGGGGCUGGUCCUUCACCUGGGACCAGGACUCCCUUCUCCAUCAGGUCAAGGACAGUAUAGGUGACCGCAAUGACAUGGAAUUCAUCUACAUCGGCUCCCUUCGUGAGGAGAUCCCACUUUCCGAUCAGGAUGAGGUUGCCCAAAUCCUCCUUGAGACCUUCAAUUGUGUGCCUGCCUUCCUCCCUGCUGACCUCUUAUCCAGAUUCUAUCAUGGCUUCUGCAAGCAGCAGUUGUGGCCCCUCUUCCACUACAUGCUUCCCCUCUCCUCUGACCUUGGCGGCCGCUUCGACCGCAGCUUGUGGCAAGCUUAUGUUUCAGUUAACAAGAUUUUUGCAGAUAAGAUCCUCGAGGUGAUCAACCCGGAUGAUGAUUUUGUCUGGGUCCAUGAUUACCACCUCAUGAUCCUCCCCACUUUCCUCAGGAAACGCUUCAAUCGAGUGAAGCUCGGGUUUUUCCUCCACAGUCCCUUCCCUUCCUCUGAAAUCUACAGGACACUGCCUGUAAGGGAAGAGCUUCUACGAUCCCUGCUGAAUUCUGAUCUAAUUGGGUUUCAUACUUUCGAUUAUGCCCGCCAUUUCUUGUCCUGCUGUAGUAGAAUGCUUGGUCUGACUUAUGACUCAAAGCGAGGUUACAUAGAACUGGAGUACUAUGGUAGGACCGUCAGUAUCAAGAUACUUCCAGUUGGGAUUCAUAUGGGUCAGCUUGGUUCUGUGCUGAGUCUCCCAGAGACUGAGGUGAAGGUCACCGAGCUCAUCAAGCAAUUUCAUGCUCGUGAUCGGAUAAUGCUGCUUGGAGUCGAUGACAUGGAUAUAUUUAAGGGGAUUAGCUUAAAGCUGCUGGCUUUUGAGCAGCUCCUGAUGCAGCAUGAAGAGUGGAGGGGCAGGGUGGUAUUGGUGCAGAUUGCCAAUCCAGCCAGGGGCCGAGGGAAGGAUGUGAAGGAAGUCCAGGCAGAGAGCAAUGUGAUGGUAAAACGGAUUAAUGAGGCAUUCGGCCAGCCUGGAUACAAACCAGUUAUAUUGAUUGACAAAUUGCUUCAGUUUUUUGAAAGAAUGGCUUACUAUGUUGUAGCGGAAUGCUGUUUGGUGACAGCAGUAAGGGAUGGAAUGAACCUUAUCCCUUAUGAGUAUGUCAUUGCCCGGCAAGGGAAUGAGAACUUGGAUAAAGUCUUGGGUUUAAGCUCAUCCACCAUGAAGAAGAGCAUGUUGGUGCUAUCGGAAUUCAUCGGGUGCUCACCUUCUUUGAGUGGGGCCAUUCGGGUGAACCCAUGGAACAUUGAUGCGGUAGCUGAUGCAAUGAACUCUGCCUUGGAAAUGGCUGAGGCAGAGAAGCAAUUACGGCAUGAGAAGCACUAUAGGUAUGUAAGCAGUCAUGAUGUUGGAUAUUGGGCCAACAGUUUUUUGCAGGAUUUGGAGAGGACUUGUAAGGACCAUAACAGAAGGAGAAGCUGGGGGAUUGGAUUUGGGUUGGGAUUUAGAGUCGUGGCCCUUGAUCCUAACUUCAGGAAACUUUCAAUGGAGCACAUUGUUUCGGCAUACCGGAGAACUAGAACCCGUGCCAUUCUUUUAGACUAUGAUGGUACUUUGAUGCCACAGGCAUCCAUCAAGAAGAGCCCAUGCCCAAAGUCUAUUGAAAUAUUAAACAGUUUGUGUCAUGACAAACGCAACAUUGUGUUUCUGGUCAGUGCAAGAAGUCGAAGCACGCUAAGUGAGUGGUUCUCUCCUUGUGAAAAUCUGGGACUUGCUGCAGAGCAUGGCUACUUUUUGAGGGUAACAAGAGAUUCUGAAUGGCAAACAUGUGCUCCAGUGGCGGAUUGUAACUGGAAACAAAUUGCAGAGCCUGUUAUGAGGUUAUACACCGAAACAACAGAUGGUUCAACCAUUGAAGACAAAGAGACUGCACUUGUCUGGUGUUAUGAGGAUGCUGAUCCAGAUUUUGGGCCUUGUCAAGCCAAAGAACUUCUGGGCCAUCUCAAGAGUGUUCUUGCCAAUGAACCAGUGUCUGUAAAGAGAGGAACAAACAAUGUGGAGGUUAAACCACAGGGUGUGAACAAAGGCCUUGUAGCUGAGCGCUUGCUUUCCACUAUGAGGGAGAGAGGAUCAUCGUUGGUAGACUUUGUUCUUUGUAUUGGAGAUGACCGCUCCGAUGAGGAUAUGUUUGAAGUAAUCAGUACUGCCAUGACUGGGCCAUCUCUGGCCCCUAAUACUGAAGUUUUUGCUUGCACAGUUGGCCGUAAACCGAGCAAAGCUAAAUACUAUCUUGAUGAUACAACUGAAAUUUUUAGGUUGAUGCAAGGCCUGGCUUUUGUUUCACAACAAGCCACAGGGAGUUCGCUUCCAAUCUGAGCUUGUGUCUGGCAAAACAAAGACUUUAAGCAAACUAUGCCAACUAGGGUGCUCUUGUUCAUCACUUAGCUUCCUUGAGAAAUCUUAUCUUUGGUGGGAACCUCCCUCCCCUCCCUUGCUUAGCUGAACAUCAAAAUGGAUGGCUGCUGGCAUCUCAUACUACGUCUAUGUGACUUGUACGGUAGUCUCUCACCUGAGUUUAUAGUGGUAAGAAAGACCUUUGGACUGGACAAAGGCAAUUUACGCACCCUGAUCGCUUUGAUGAAAUUGGACUUCAUAGAUCGCUUGUAGAAUAAUCUCCCUCACUGAGCUUUCUCCUUAUCAGAUGAAUGUCAUAUGUUGGAUAGCAUCCUAUAGAGGUUACAUGAAGUGAAGGAGGAUAAUUGGAUGGAGCUUCAACUUAGUUUAAUUGCAAAUUCAACAGUGGCAGUAUUGUGCAGUUCUUUUAUAGAAUGUUUUUAGAAUGGUUUUGAAGGAACAACAUUUGUGGUUCAUUACAUGCCAAAAUGCAACAUAAUUUCUUUUUGGAAUGUAAAUUAAGCAGUAAUGUUAUUUUUUAAUCUUUAAUGCAAAAGUUGUUAUUACAUCUGUUAUGCAUUUUCUUAUAAUUCAAGGAUUGUUUAAAA